AUAUAAUUCAUUUAAUUUUUAGUGAGUAAUUUGUCUUUAUAUUCUAUAAUAAUUGAGGUAAUUUACAAAGGAUGAAAGAAACAAGUGAUAGAGAAUGUACAUACAAGUAUGCAUAGCAACUGAAAUUUCUGCUCGCAUACAAACAGCUGCCUAAUGAUAUGUAAAUAUGACGGAGCUAAUCAAGCGGCUGUGCUAACAGGAAGAGAUGAGUGCAUUGCGUGACAAAAAAAUAGACACUUUAUCUUGAGUUGAUGGCAUCGAGUGCUGCUUUGAGAGCUACUCUACCAGGGAGACUACCUAAUCGCCUAGGGCUGUCCGGGGAGCACUAACGCAAUCUAUCCUAAAGUUGAGUCGAAGAGAUGCCCACGGGACGUUUCUUGUUGGUGAUCCAUCGCUUAACUUUACCGUUGGUUUUGCAAUACGAGUGUUUUGCAAAAGUUAUGCGUAAACGCAAUGUCAAAAUUGAUCGAAUUACUCCCAAAAGAAUUUUUUUCACAUCAGUUUCUUUUUCAUUUUCUCUGGAGAGUGGAGAAAAGCAAAUUACCGUAGCAGUAAACAAAUAUUGGCAGUCUGACGCACCUGGAAAUGGUUUGAAGAUGAAGAUACAAGGUGGUGGAACGAUAUCCGCGGUCGGAAACGACUUGGAUAGAUUUUUUUUUUUCAUUUACUUCUGUUAAAAGAAGCCUGAGAAGUAGUAUUCGACCAAGUAAAAGUAAACGAUUAGCUGUCACGUGUCUCUUGGUUUCUCACUCGAUUGCUAUCAACGUAGUUCGAUUAAAAAGGCUGAAAUAACGUCAGGAAAAAGCAUUGGUCACACGGGACUUGAUCAGGCUUUGGCUUAUCGUCGCAAUGAAUUGAGUCAAUAAUAAAGUGAAAAAUUUCGGAAAGAAAAUACUGGCACAUAUUGAACAUCGUUAGAAUUCGUGAGAGCAUUUAACGAUCGUUUUAUGCAGUAUUGGCGUAUUUACUUUUACCCUACUACUACUACUACCAAUCGUUUGAGUAUGGACGAAUAAAUUCACAAGAGAGAGUGAGAGAGAAGAAGACAAAAAUUCGGAUGGCUUCAGCCGUGCGACCAAUUAAAACUCUUCACCGUCUCUGGAAUUGAUAUUGGAAACAAAAACUCCAAUUUCAAGUGCGUCACGUAACGGUACCAGCCGCGUGUUAAUUGACCACCAGCUAUUACAUGCCCGAUUGCUAUUGGUUGCAACAUUUUUUAAUUCAUCAUCCUUUACAUCUUUAAAUCAUUCUUUCGAAAUUUUUAUAUAUAAUAGGAUUUAAAGUGAUUUAUUAUUGAAAAAUAAGCCUCUAAUUGGACUUACUGAGAAGCCAUAUAAUAUUCACUGGUUUGAAUAAUAAAUUUUAAUAGUGAAAUCUGUAUAAAAUGCAAAUUAAUGACAUAUACAGUGACCAUUAUAUCAAGCAUUAAAUUGCAAAAUGCAAUUAGUUGAUCAUUGUGGUCUGUAUAGUAAUGAAACAGUUUGAAAUGAGACGAUUGGAGGGAAAGGAAUAAAUAUAUCCAUUAUUUGCGAAGAAGAUCGAAGGACUGAGGCCAAGAGAAAAGACGACUAGUGAGUUAAGGAACACGGAAAAGCACUUCUGGACUCCUGACGUGUCCCGACGUUUCUAUCUCACUGCUAUGUUACCUCGUUUGGAUCGUCCAGACAUCGUUGGACCACCUUGGGAAGAUAAUACAUUAAUUUUCAAUUGUCAUAGUCGCAUUCAACACAAGACAGAUCGAUGUGGAAAUACAUUCUACUGUAAGAAUUCAACCAUGAAUGAAGAACGAAAGAACUGAGUCAACAAGUCACAUAAAAAAAUAAAAGGCCAGAGAAGGCGGAGUAGAUUCAAUCACCAUGACGAUGGACGUGAGUAAAUCGGAGACAAAUAAAAAUGGUUCAGCGCAGCAAGAAAUGUGCGCUGGAUGUGGUAAAACCAUCACGGAAAGGUAUCUUUUAAAGGCCUUAGAUUUAUUUUGGCAUGAAGACUGCUUAAAAUGUGGCUGUUGUGACUGUCGGCUAGGAGAAGUGGGAUCCACAUUGUACACAAAAGCUAACCUAAUUCUCUGCAAAAGAGAUUACCUAAGGCUAUUUGGCAACACAGGCCACUGUGCAGCCUGUUCUAAAAUCAUCCCUGCAUUCGAAAUGGUGAUGAGAGCACGAGCGAACGUUUACCAUUUGGAGUGCUUUGCUUGUCAGCAGUGCAAUCAUCGAUUUUGUGUGGGAGAUAGGUUUUAUCUUUGUGAGAACAAAAUUCUUUGUGAAUAUGAUUACGAGGAAAGACAGGUGUUUGCUAACAUGGCUCUUCAUCCUCCUGCAUCGUUAGCACAUAUAAAGAGACAAUUACCACCAACACCAACUCCACCAGGAGUUAAUCAAAACCUUCACCCUGGUCAUAAUCAGAUUCAGCAUCAAGGCCAUCCACCACAAUCUCUUGGACAAUCUUUACAACAUAACCAUGUCAAUGGCCAAAUACCAACAGGGGGACCACCAACAGUAAAUGGUAAUAUGUCUGUAGGACCAAGAGGACCAGGUGAUAUGAAUAAUAAUGGCCUUUCGGGACCUGGAUUAGGUGGAGUAAAGCCUCCACCGCUAUCAAUGCCUGCACCAACCAGCUGAGACGAGGCCCUACCACCUAUAAAGAAGCUUCGAUGUCUCGACAGCUAUUAAAUCAGUAUAUUGGAACUGCUUCAUGAUACUGAUUUAAAUGUUGACAUUUUUUACGUCCUAGCUGGAAUUUGAUGAGACAGAAAAUGCAAUUUCUUCAUCGCGAUUAUUUCGCGUGAUCACUGUGAUCGUGUAUUGGACAAGACAAAAGUGAUAGUCUAAGAUAAAAAAUUGUAUAAAUGGUAGAAAGUAAAGUCAAGGCUUAUGUAAGAUAUUUUUGCGAAAAUUAAAGAUUACUACUUGAGAUACAGGUGAAUGAAUUAAUCGCACAUUUGUAAAUAAUUUCAUUGAAAUCGUUGUGCGAUCAGUCAUUAAAUUAAAUACAAAAUGGGCAAUAGAGACGGAGUAUACGAUUGAGACUUACGGACUGAAAGUCUUAUACAGCUGAUACCAAAGAGUUUACUGUAAGAAAAUGCUCAUAUUAUUGGCAAUUCUUUUCUAAUCAGAAAAUCAAUUAUACAAUAAUGAACAAUUAAACUGUUGAAUUGAUGCAAAAAAUCUCUUCGAAUCGUUACUUCAAUUUUUAAAUUUAUUAUUUUAUUGUAAAUUAUGAAUUAAAAUAUAUGAAAUAUAAUUAUAACGAAUUCAGAUAAUUCUAAAAUAGCGAUAACUAUUUAUCAUCUCAUCUAUUAUUUUUAUUCAUCAAAAUGUGUAUAGAAAUUAAUCAUUGAAAAAUAUUU